GGUGGGGUGAGUUGGUUGAAAAUACCGAGACUUUUUUACCAUGGGUGGACCUUCACAGCUUUUUGCACCAAUAUGUUUUAGGACAGCAUUGGUGCUUUGAGAAGUGAAGGGAUUUGGCUCUUUGUGCCAGAGAUUUGGUAGUAUUUAUCCUGGUAUGGCAGCCCCGAAUUUAGUUUCAGAUAUGGCGCAUAUAAGACAGUUUCUCUGCGGACUGUUUACAUUCAGCCUGCAUUGCUCCGGGCGGCCACCCCUUUGCCCCGGAUGUGCCUGCGGUGGGUGGACUGAUUCUCUGACGUCUGUUUUCACUCAUUUUAUAGAAAAAGUAGCUGCUAACCAGCCCGCCAUGGCCAAUGAGGCUCGCAUCUCCAAGUGGUACUUUGGUGGACUGGCAUCAGCAGGAGCGGCAUGCUUCACCCAUCCACUGGAUUUGCUCAAGGUGCAUCUACAAACCCAGCAGGAGGGGAAGCUGAGCAUCGGUCGCAAUGUGAUGAACAUUGUACGGAACCAGGGAGUUCUGGCUCUGUACAACGGCCUGUCGGCGUCCCUCCUCCGGCAGCUGUCCUACUCGACGACACGGUUCGCCGUCUAUGAGGUAGCGAAGCAGCAGCUCUCCACUCCUGGUCAGCCGCUGCCCUUCUACAUGAAGGUGCUGAUCGCGGCCAGUGGAGGCGCGUGCGGCGGCUUUAUCGGUACGCCUGCCGAUAUGGUGAACGUACGGAUGCAGAAUGACAUCAAAAUUGCUCCGGAGAAACGACGCAAUUAUAAGCACGCUGUGGAUGGCCUGUACCGCGUGCUGCGCGAGGAGGGCGUGCACCGGCUGUUCUCGGGCGCCUCCUCGGCCACCGUCAGGGCCAUGCUGAUGACGGUCGGACAGCUCAGCUUUUACGAUCAGGUGAAGCAGACGCUGCUCGGCACCGGCUACUUUGAGGACAACGUGACCACCCACUUCACAUCCAGCCUGAUGGCGGGCGCCAUCGCCACCACGAUGACUCAGCCGAUGGACGUGAUCAAGACGCGAACCAUGAACGCCAAGCCCGGCGAGUUCUCGGGCAUGUGGCACAUUAUCACUCACACUGCCAAGCUGGGACCACUGGGAUUCUUCAAGGGCUACGUUCCGGCAUUUGUUCGCCUCGGGCCGCAGACAAUCCUCACAUUCGUCUUCCUUGAGCAGCUGAGGCAGAACUUCGGCGUUUUACCGGUGGCCAAGUAGUGCUGCCAUCUAGGGACGAUGGGACGCACUCAAAGUUGGCGGAAUGACCGUCGGGUGGCCAGCCAUGUCCAGGUGCAAUAUGCGAGACGAUCAGUUUUGAAGCGUGGCUUUCGGUGUGUUCGUAUUUUUGGUGGGAAUACAUAGGGAACCUUUAGGGAUUAAAAUGGAGCGGGUGGGUGUCUUCCGUGCGUCGAUGCCAUAGCUGUUAAUAGCCGAGUCAUAAAGCCGUUAGGAGAGGAACUUUGAUGCUACGUAUCUAUGCACGUGCAUUGACGAUGUCGCUCUAUUGAGCGCUGUCAUCUGUUAAGUGCAUUACUUAGGACAAUACCAGUUUUGAAGAUCUUUUCCCGGGCGGGUGAACAUAUUCAGGACUUUAGAGCAGAUGUUUUAUCUGUGUUGACUGCACUUUGAUGCAGUUGCUUGCCAGUGUUUGUAAGAUCGUGGAUCGGGAAACGAAUCGGCCUGUUUGAAUACUCCCCCCCCCCCCUGAGAAUGCGCGUGGGACUGAAGUGUAAGAGGACCGUGAGCGCGCGGUGGUACUUGUGUGUGGCGAUGAACGCAUUCGUAUGUAUACAUAUAUGGCCCAGA